AUGGCAACUCUAUAUACGUGUUCUCCGAGAGGUUUGUCUUCUCAUAAGUUCUGGGAUGAGUCUGAAGAGACCGUCUGGCCCAAUGUGGCCUCAAUUCCUCCCCCCUCGCCCCCCCAAGUCGUUGCUCCUAUUGAGCAGGAGCCUUGUGCCAAUUUUUCCUCAAAAGGAGCUCUGCUCCUGAUGCUAAGACACCAGACAUGGGAGCGGGGAGGGAAAGCGCUCCCCAACCACCGCCACAUUUACGUCGUUCGCGAAGACCCAAGUCUUCUACCAUUACUUACACUAUAUAGUGGUCGUGCUGGAACUGUUGGUGUGGGUGGUUUCGUGACCGGUGGAGGAAACUCCUUCUACUCUGCGUCUCAUGGAAUGGCUUGUGACACAGUAGCGGGUUGGCAGCUCGUCCUCGCCAACGGUGACAUCGUUGAAGCUAACGCCGAAUCCAAUGCCGAUCUCUGGCAGGCCAUGAAAGGUGGCUCGGGAAACCUGGGUCUGAUCACAAGAAUCGACAUGUAUCCCAUUGAGUUUGUCGACCGCAGCAACCCUUCAAUUUGGGGUGGCAACCUUCUCUACAAGCCUGAGUCAGGCCCUGCAGUCAUCGAUGCCCUCAUUGAUUUCACCGCCAAUGUACCCAAGGACGAAAACUCCAGCAGCAUCGUUUACUGGGCUUAUCUCCCUGCCUUAGCUGGUGGCACUAUUCUCAACGCAGCUAUAGAGAACACCAAGGGUGAGGUCAAGCCCCCUGCCUUCGACAGCUUCUAUGCCAUUCCUGAUAUUCAGGGUGACACUACUGUCACUGAAAAACUCAGCAAGGUCACCAAGGAUCUCGGUUCAGGUCAACCUCCCCACUUCCGCAACGUCUGGUUCACAAGCUCCUUCAAGCCCAAUGCCGAACUCCUGAACUAUGUCGUUGAGAAGUAUGACGAACUCAACCAGGCCCUUGAGGCUCUCAUGCCCAGUGCCGAGUCAGAGCUUAACACACUCUGCAUGUUCCAACCCAUCACCAAGUCCAUCGCCGAGAAGGGUGUCAAGAAUGGCGGCAACGUCAUGGGUCUAGACAAGUAUACAGAGGGCGGAGAUGGUAUCAUGUUCCUCCUUACCUGGGCUGCCAAGGGUGAGGCAAGCGAGGAGGCUGCUUUCCCUCUCCUCAAGGCUUACAUGGACGACAUCGAGACCAAGGCAAAGGAGAUGGACGCUUGGUGGGCUUGGAAGUUUAUCAACUACGCUCAUCUUACACAAGAUCCUCUAGCGACUAUUGGAGAUGAGGCUCUUGCUAAGCUUCGUGCUGCAAGCAAGAAGUACGACCCUCAGGGUGUCUUCCAGAAGCUCCGAGUUUCUGGUGUUAAGAUUCCUUUUUAA